CGGAGUCAGACGAGAAUGGAGCUGCCCCAUCAGCAAAGCAAAUGAAGAUGGGUGGGUGGGAUCUUGGCGAAUUAAGAAGAUAAGAAGAUGGAGUCGCAGCCCCGUCGCCGCUUCGAUGGUUUGGACCCAAGCUUGCGUGUCCAUGAGACCUCCGUCGUCACUGAAUGCUUCUUUCGGCUUCGUCACAUUCCUACUCGCUACCCCGAGCUACUGCUGAUACUCCAACUGAAGAGGGAAGAUAGGGGCCGCAGUUUCUGCCGAGCUCUCACUACACAGACAAGUCUACACAGCGGAUCACCAACAGAGGCCUUCAAGCAUCACGUUUAUUCCCACGGCUCUCAAUCUCUAAGAUCGGCUCUCCGAGUGACGCAGACAUGGAGCCGCCCGCGUUUGUCAGCGUUGCUCCUGUUGCCACGGCUGAUCCCCCAGACGUCCUCAGACAAUCAGCUUCUGACAUGGACGUCUCGACGAAAAGGGCAGCGGAGUCUUUUGAAUAUCAACUGGAGGCUGAAGGAGAUGGCGAAGGCGGUGCUCGACUCUCAGGCGUGUCCACCAUCGUCUCGACAUCGGUCUCCACCCCUGCAGUGGACGGCCGGAAUCGGCUUGGGGAUGCUAUCGCCAAGAGCUGGCAAUUCGAGCUUUGCGUGUGGAUCGUCAUCGUUCUCAACUGUAUCGCUGUCUGGAUCGAGACAUCCUUUAGGUAAGCAUGUUCAACAGCAGCACACACAUGCACUGUGAUGCACACCACAGACAUGUGCGAUCAAUGUGACUAUGUGUUUGUGUGUCGAUGACAGUCAUCGCGACCAGACGGUCAACAAGUGGCCGUGGAUUGGAAUACAGUUCGCCUGUCUGCUCUUCUUUGUCGCCGAGCUCAUCUUCAAGAUGGUCGCCCUCAGCUGGAGGUUCUUCAAGGUCGGUCAACCUCACACUCACUCACCAACCCACACAAGCACGCACGCAUCGCACAUCGGCUGUUUUCUGUGUGCCCUCCAUGCCUACAGGACGUCUACAACUGGAUCGACUUGAUGAUUGUGGUCAUGACCAUCCUGCCGUGGUACAUAUCGAUGUGGAUGCCCGCCCUGGGGUGGACCUCAAACGCAGAGAUGGCGUGGCGCAAGCUCUCCAUCCUGCGUAUCAUACGAGGAUUGCGCAUAUCGCGCGCUUUCAGAUACCACCCCGUCUUCAGAGAAUUGUAAGACACGGAAACGCACAGACAUUGAUUGAUAACGUGCUAUGUCCAUCCUUUUGUGUCUGUUUGUGGGCCCGCCUCUGUGCAGCUGGAUGUUGACGGGCGGUAUCACGUACAGUCUGAAGACCCUCGUGUGGAGCGUCAUCAUCACGGCCAUCAUGCUCUUCGUCUACGGCACAUUCGUCACCACCAUGAUCGGAUUCUCAAGCGACUUCCAACCCGAACAGGACCCGUCCACAAACCAGAUCGCGGUAAGGCAUCCCAGACCUCACACAGUCACUCCGAGGCAUUGCACUAACAUGGCCAUUCUCCCUUUCUCGUUCGCCCAGGAGCAGUGCAGAAAUCUCACCAGCAAUCUGACAGACGCGGAUGCGGCUGAGCUCCAGGACCGUUUCGGCAUCAUCAUUCCCCUCCUGCAGCAGCAGUGCGAGGCCUUUGUCGAGAAGGGCCGGCGGGCACUGAUGGGUCUGGACGGCCUCUGGCCGUCGCCGCGCCUGCUGAGUGACGAGGACGGCGAGCCCUUCAUAACCAACGAAGAGAAGGAGGAGGUCCAGUCGCAGUUCGGCACAGUCGUCAGGUCCAUGCGCACUCUAUUCCAAAUCAUGACACUCGGUGAGUGGCGUAUGUGCAGAUAUGGACCGUGCAAUACUGUCUGUCUGUGUGUGUGGCGUGGUGUGUGUAGACGACUGGACGGACGCCACUGAGGUGGUCGUCAAGCAGCAGCCGUGGAUGUGGCUUUGCUUCGUGGGGUUCAUCUGUAUAUCCGUCUUCGCUCCGAGCAACCUCAUCACUGCCGUCCUCGUCGAGAGCGCCACACAGGUACAAAUCCCACCCCGGACACAGGCCACAAUGCACACAACCCACCGUUCCUGUCCUUCAGAUGUCGCGCGAGGACGAGAAGCGCCGUGAGUUUGAGAACCACCGUGAGAUCUGGAAGCUUCGCUGCAUGCUCAUCCGCGUCAUGAACGCCGGCGUCCGUCCUGACUCGGAAAACGGCAGCGGCGACCGACGCAACGAGCGCACCGCUAUGGCCCAGCGAGGGACUAUCGGCUCGCUGACCACCGCAGCGGAGGAGGAGGAGGCCAAGGCUUCGACGAGUGACCCCAAGGACCCCUCGCCCACUCACGGAAGGACGAACGGGAUGGCGGGUGGUGCGCCGAGUCCCAAGGGUGUGAGGGGGAUCUUCUUCAAGAGUCUGACGUCGCUGGUGGACCGGUCGUGCAACACACCGAAAGGGAAGCGGCGGAUGAGUUGCUCCGACGUGUACCAGGACGUGCAGCUCAGCGAGAUGAACGACUCCUUCACAAAGUCCAGGCUCGCCGAGGUCAUGGGGAAGGCCGAACUCAAGGUGGGUGGGUGCCACCGACAGAAAUGGCGAUUCUGCGCACAUUUCAACCGUAUGUGUGGUGCCCCUUUCUCUCUGGUAUCUGUCAGCGUCUGAUGAAGAUGUAUGAGUGCGAGCCCAACGACCUGCUGUAUGAGUGCGAGCCCAACGACCUGCUGGGUCUCUGUGACCAGCUCACGGUGGACUUCGAGACCCGAGACCCGACGGGCAGGCGCAAGGAGGGCGAGAUCAAAAUGGACGACUUCAUCUUCGGCGUGCAGAGACUCAAGGUCAGUAGGAAAGAUGGGAGUGGUGGCACACGUGUGCGCAUUUGGAAGGAUGUGUGGCGUUCACUCUAUCUCUCUGUGUCCGUCUGUGUGCGUGUCCAGGGUGGUGCUAAGAGCAAGGACUUGCUGCAUGUGCUGACGCGCCUGUCGAUGAUAGAGCGCAACCAGGAGCACAUCAUGCGCAACCAGGGGCACAUCAUGAAGGUCCUCAACGCAGUCCGGCAGGGGCAACUCGCAAGGUACGCACACAAUCGACAAUCAGCUUCUGAAUAGAAUGUCUCGACUAAAAGGCCAUCGGAGUCAUCGGAGCAUCAAUCGGGGGCUCAAGGAGAUGGCGAUGGCGGUGCUCGGCUCUCAGACGUGUCCACCACCGUCUCGACAUCGGUUCCUGCGCAAGCAGUGGACGGCCGGGCUGCGCUUGGCGACGGGGAUGCUUGGGCUGAGGAGCGUAGUCUGUGGGGCUUUCUGGUGCUGCGGAUUGGCUGUGUGACCUUGUGGCUGACGGAUUAUCCUCUGAGGCAUUUCCUUCUCAUUAUCGGCCUCGUCGUGACCUAUGCACUCUGGUGGUGGUGGGGGUGUUUCUCCGUACUUCUCGUUAUCCUUGGGUACGAAGGGAGUUUGUUCGUUGACGACCCGCUCCUGGCGAUUGUGAUUUUUGCACCGCCGCCUCUGAUGCUUCUCGUUGGAUUGGGAAGUCUGUGCGCGCCGCCAUUUUGGUGGGGCACUCGAUGGCUCAUGUAUUUUUCUAUUAUUCUGAACAUCGUCCUUUUCAGGUUCACGUUGAGUUGGGUUUGCACGGCGUCCAUGCCUCGUGAUCUCCGCUUUGGCCUGCGGUUCGGCGCACUGGCGUGGCUGGCUGGUGCGAUCCUUCUGCAGUUCACCCUCUUCAUUGUCAUCUCGGAGCCGCGGCUUAUCCGUGCAUCGACCAGCCCGACGGGUGGAAGGGAAACUGACGUCGAUUACAACCGGCUCUCGUGCUGCGGCCAUCGGGCAGGGUGGAGACCCUCACCGACGGCCGAGCGCAUAGCCAAGGCUCGGCAAACAGAGCCCUUCCUUUAUCGCUCGGUGACCAAGCGGUGGCUCAAACGGAUGUACUUCCUCACCUUCGUUCGCUUGUCUAAACUGCUGGCCGUUGGGGGGAUGGCUGUGGACUUGAUCACUGAUUUGGCGGUGGGAGUGGAAUUCACCAGCGGGAUUCCAAUAUCUUCGCUUGCAGAGUCUAUUUGUGGGUUCCCCGAUGCACCGUGGAGUGAUGCUGAUGAGGAGUGCAUGACAACAGCGAAAAGCCGUCUUGAACGAGAAUAUCUAGGAUAUCAAGCUGUCGGCUUCAUCAUCCUGCACCUAUCGCUGGCUGACGUCGUGUCGCUGUUUGUUCAUUACGGUAUCCGCGGCUGUCCCUCCCUAUGCCAACACUUCUGCAUUGCGGCCUUUGCGCUGCUGGAAGUGCCCAUCUUGGUGCUGACGAUCGUGUGGGCACCGGAGGCUGUCAAUCCGAUCCUCUUCAUUGUGUCUGCCUUCUUCACUCUGGUGACGGUUCUCUCUCGAGUCGGAUCGUUUGCGUGGAGAAUUUAUGAGCGGCUGAAAGGUCGCGACGACCCCGAGCCCUGCUCCUGAUUGAUGGACGGAUGCAGCACUCACGAGGUGAGCAAUGGAGCGAGCCUCAACGAGAUUGUGCAUGUCUGACAAUUGUCAGGGAGAGCCAUCGGUCGUGUGACGGAUGGCACAUGUUUGGCCGCUUAUGCAUGGUUGAUUGGAUUGACAAGGGGGUGGCUGUCUAUUUUUUUCCGAGUCAAUCGGACAGAUACGGAGGGACUCAAACGACCGAUGGGAGAAUGUGGGUCGGCCCUGUGCGGAUAAGUGUGCAGAUAUUUGCCUGUCAGUCAGUCAGUCAGUCAGAUGGUCAUUGGCAUUUUGCAACAGAGAUGUGUGUAGUUUCACGUCUCUUGGUGAGUCGUGCCCUAGUUGAGGCGCCUUUUUUUCUCUGUUGGCUCGUCGACAUGCGUGUCCGAGGCAGACGGACAGACGGACUGUGAAAAACAAAUGGAAUGAUCUAUCCAUCUUUUGUGCGUUAAGGAAACCUUCA